AUGGUCUCAGCAAAGAAGCACGUUCCGAUCGUGAAGAAGCACCCAAAGAAAUGGUCACGACAUCAGUCCGACAGAUUCAUGUGUGUGCCCGCAGCAUGGAGGAAACCAAAGGGUAUCGACAACCGAGUCCGAAGACGGUUUAAGGGACAGAUGGUCAUGCCAUCGAUCGGCUUUGGCUCAAACAAGAAGACUCGACACAUGAUGCCUUCAGGCCACAAGGCUUUCCUCGUUCACAACCCCCGAGACGUCGAACUCCUCCUCAUGCACAACAAAACAUAUGCAGCCGAGAUCGCAUCUGCUGUUUCAUCAAGAAAGCGAAUUGAAAUCGUUGCAAAGGCAAAGGCACUGGGUGUCAAGGUCACCAACGGCAAGGCCAAGAUCACUACCGAAUCAUAA